AUGGCAGUUGGAACCGUUCUGAUCACCGGGGGUACCGGCUAUAUUGGGUCGUUCACAGCGCUUGCGCUCCUCGAUGCUGACUAUAAGGUCGUCAUUGUCGACAACUUGUACAACUCAUCCAAAGUCUCCCUGGACCGCAUCGAGAUCCUUUGCGGAAAGCGGCCUGACUUCUACGAGGUUGACAUUACCGAUGAAGCUGCGUUAGACAAGGUCUUCGCGGCGCACCCAGAUAUUGAUAGCGUUAUUCAUUUUGCGGCACUCAAGGCUGUUGGCGAAUCCUCCGAGAUCCCUCUCGAAUACUACCGCGUCAAUGUUGGCGGCACAAUCUCACUCCUGCGGUCCAUGACCAAGCAUAAUGUGGCCAACAUCGUAUUCUCUUCGUCCGCAACUGUGUACGGCGAUGCGACGCGGGUCCCAAACAUGAUCCCCAUUCCCGAACACUGCCCAAUUGGCCCAACAAAUCCAUAUGGUCGCACCAAGUCCAUGAUCGAAUCCAUAAUUACUGAUCAUGUUGAAGCUCAGCGCAACAAUUCGAAGAAGGAAGGCAAGCCUUUUGAGAAGUGGAAUGGUGCUUUGUUGAGAUACUUCAAUCCUGCUGGGUCUCAUCCUAGUGGAAUCAUGGGCGAAGAUCCUUUGGGCGUACCGUUCAAUCUUUUGCCUCUCCUAGGCCAGGUUGCGACGGGGCAGCGAGAGAAGCUCCUUGUCUUCGGUGACGACUAUGCUUCGCGUGAUGGCACUGCCAUCCGUGACUAUAUCCAUGUUGUAGAUCUUGCUAAAGGCCAUCUGGCAGCUCUCAACUACCUUAGAAAUAACCAUCCUGGUGUGCGAGCCUGGAAUUUGGGCUCGGGGCGUGGAUGCACAGUCUUCGAAAUGAUCAAUGCAUUCAGUAAAGUGGUCGGACAUCCUUUGAAAUUCGAAGUCGUUGGACGCCGAGCAGGAGACGUGUUGGAUCUCACUGCUAAUCCAGCUCGCGCCAACGAGGAGCUUGGAUGGAAGACAGAGCUUACCCUCGAAGACGCUUGCGAAGAUCUGUGGAGAUGGGUUAGCAACAACCCCAAGGGAUAUCGUCAGGACCCCCCUGAAGCGUUUCUGAAGGCUGCCCAAGAAGGGAAGACAUUGAAGGCUUCUGCGGCAUGA